AUCUCCAACCAAUCAGACCGCCUGGCGGGUCCUGAGCUGUUGUGCUGAUCUGUCACAGUUUUGUAAAACAUUAUAACGUUCCCGUAGAGAUACAGCAUGGCGUCGUUUGUGACUGAAGUCCUCGCCAGCUCUGGCAAACUGGAGAAAGAGGACCUGUCCAGCAAAAUAAGCAAAAUGUCGCGCAAGGUGGAAGAUACAAAGGAAGAAGUAUGUGACAUGAUAAACAAGCGAUAUGGUGACUUCCUCCCUAGUCUUCAAGGAUCUGAGGAGCUUAUGGUACAGGUUGAUGAAGUCUCCAAAGAAAUGGAUGCCCUCAAAAACUGCAUUGAGACUGAGGUGCAGCAGAAUAUCCACGUGGCUGUGGCGGAGUAUGCAAAGAUAAAGCAGCAGCUGGAGAAAAAUACCAUCAUAAUGACAAUGCUUGGACACCUAAAACAGUUUCACAGUGCAAUGGAGGAGUCCAACAAAGCUUUACUGGACAAGAAGUAUGUUGAUGCAGCUAACCAUCUGGAAAGGGCAAGGGCCAGUGUGGAUUCACUGAAGGGCUGGAAGACUUCCCAGCUGCCAUUGCUCAGUGCUCUUAGCUCUGAGUUGACCGUGCAGAGAGAGAACUUAAUUUACCACCUGGGAGAUGAAUGGAAGCGCCUUGUCAUCUGGAGUUUACCGUCCUCAAAGGCAAACCUAUCUGAGGCAUUAGUAGUGACUGAUGGACGUGUACCACCAGAGCCUGCAGGUCUGAAGUCGUUCCUGAAGGUGAAGCUGAAUCUGAGCCAUGGGUGCACUAAGGACGGUGAAGCGAAACCAACAGCUCUGCUCUGCUGCGUCCUGCAAGCUCUGGCCAUCCAGGGAGACCUUCAGCACAAGAUCAAACUCUUCAGUCAGGUGCUGAUGAAGACCAUGCUGAAGCCGUUGGUGAUGUACCCGUCACUGUCGGUGAGGGUAACAGAGCAGCAGGGUGAGGGAACCGUCUUGGCCUUACAGUGUUUGGAGGAGAGCCACAAGGAGAGGUCCACUCCUUCACAAGUCUACAGCAAACUGCUCCUGGUGCUCAGGACACUGCACUCACACCUGCUAGAUGUGUCCAUUGGUGAUAAAAAGCUCUCUGCUAUCUUGGGGGAGCUGAUUUGGGAGGAAAUGUCCAAGUGCAUCAUCCAUGAGUGUCUGCUCUACUCCAUCCCCACCAACAGCAGCCAGCUGGAGAAAUACAACACUGUGAUCAAGGAAACGGAAGAGUUUGAGAAGUCUCUGAAGGAGAUGGAGUUUCUGCAGGGCGAUUCCACAGACCUGCUCAAAUACGCCAGGGAUGUCAACUGUCACUUUGCCAGCAAGAAGUGCAAGGAUGUCAUCGUGGCGGCCCGCAAACUCAUGACCUCCAAGAUGCACAACACCGUCAAAAUCACACCAGACUACAAGCUGCGUCUUGCCAAGCUGCCAGUUCCAGCUUCGGAGCUGAAGGGGAAGCAUGAGACCACAAAGAACGAGAUAACGAUGGAGAACAAAAAGCAGCUGUCUCCGUGGAGUAUGUGUCUGCCAGCCUGCCGCAUCAGCGAGUCGGUGCAGCAGCUGAUGGAGCUGGCUCUCAACACCCUGAGUGAAGCUGUUGGAAGCUCCACACAAUGUGCAUUACAACUCUUCUUCACCGUGAGAAACAUCUUUCAGCUGUUCUACGAUGUCGUCCCGACGUACCACAAGGAGAACCUGCUCAAGUUCCCUCACCUGGCUGCCAUCCAGCACAACAACUGCAUGUACCUAGCCCACCACCUGCUCACCCUGGGCCACCAUUUCAGAACUCACCUGCCACAGCCCCUCAGCGAGGGCAUCGCAACAUUUGUUGACAUGGUGCCCGGAUUCAGGAAACUGGGUGCCCAGUGCUUCUUGGCGCAGAUGAACGUCCAGAGAGCUGAACUGUUGGAGAGACUUUCCACCGCUCACAAUUUCGGCAACCUGGAUGAUGAAGACAACUACAUUGCAGCCAGCAAAGCAGUAAGACAGGUCAUCCAUCAGUUGAAGCAGUUGGGCACAGUGUGGCAGGAUGUCCUACCAGUCAGCAUCUAUUGUAAAGCCAUGGGCAACCUCCUCAACACAGCCAUCGCAGAAGUCAUUUCCAAAAUCAUGAUGCUAGAGGAUAUUUCCUCUGAGGACGGGGAGCACCUUCACACUCUGUGUCAAACCAUCAUUGAGGAAGGUCCGCUGGUUUUCAUCCCUCUGGCCGAGGAAAACAAGAACAAGAAGUAUCAGGAGGAAGUGCCUCUCUACGUGAGGAAGUGGAGUACCUUCAAGGAGCUGGUCAUCGUGCUGCGGGCCAGCCUGCAGGAGAUAGUCGACAGGUGGGCUGACGGGAAAGGUCCGCUGGCGUUGGAGUUCUCCAGUUCGGAGGUGAAGAACCUGAUCCGAGCUUUGUUUCAGAAUACGGAGAGGAGAGCUGUAGCUCUGACCAAAAUCAAAUAGAUCCUUGGAGCAAAAAGAAAGAUACUACAGCACUUUUUCCUCUGAGGAAAAUUCAUUCAUUUCCAUUUUCUGUUGCGUUCAAUAUAUGCAUUCACAUGUGUUUAGGUCCAACAGUUUGUCACAGAGACAGUGUCUGACCGAGGUGCUGUCGCUAUAUAAGCUGGUUGUAAUCAAUCUGUGGGAUAUGUUACUUCUCAGCAUCCAGACUGCAAUUAGUCCUUCAGAGAUUACACGAAGGCUUCUUUACAUCCUGCAGCAUCCAGUCAUAUAGCUUGUAGUGGGUUUACCACGACAAAGCCAACUGAGGUUGUGCCAUCUGUUGACAUGAUGUCUUAUCCAGGGUUAACUUUGCUUGUUAAUCAAACUUCAUCUGUAGCGUGUUUGAGCUUUUCUGUACUGAUGUCAUUUCAGGAGAGUUUGUUUAAACCUAAACGACCAUUGAGUUCUGAUAAAGAUUCCCCUGGGCCUUGCAUCUCAAGCCAUUAAACUGAACUCUUCUGUCCAUGUAUUUAUUACUUGUCCAAAUAAACCAAAAGACUCAACUUUUCA